GAGAGAGAGAGAAAUCCUGGGAAAGCAGGGAGAGGUGACGUUGGAGGGGCUUCUGGGUUGCAUCAAUGACAUCACGGCGGCUCUGGCCUUCUCGAGGAUGACCGACGACUCGGCGUAUCGCGUGCGGACCACGCCCCGCCUCGCCCAAUGGCGGAUCGACAAUCUCUCCUCCUGCACUUACCGCAAGUCAGACCCUUUCCAGAUCGGUAGAUGGAAUUGGCAUUUAGUUAUUGAGAAGAACAGGACACUGUUCAUCAAAUUGUACCCUGAGAUUUCAAAUUUAACGCGGGAUAACCCUCCUGUUGCAUCUUUUAUCAUUAGAGCAAUCUCGUCCUUUGGAGGCCGCAAGAUUUCAGUUCACCCAGAAGUUGUAGACAAACAACUUAAGACCAGUGAAGACUUCAUUUGGCCAAUUGAACUGCCACCUGCGGGCAAAUUCAUCAUCGACGUUGAAUUUCUUGAUCUGAAGAUCACCUCUCCAAAUAGUAGAGAGCUUAGCUCUAUUUGGGCUGAAGGCUUCACAAAGAAAGAGUCAAAUACGGGUGCCCUAAUAUCCCUAGGCCGGAUGUUCUCUGAAAGGAUUCACACCGACAUUCAAGUAAACACUGCAGGCGGGAGCAUUUCAGCCCAUCGUGCUGUUCUGGCUGCAAGGUCACCUGUUUUCCGAAGCAUGUUCUCGCACGAUCUCAAGGAGAAAGAAAUGUCCACUGUGGACAUCUCUGAUAUGUCAGCCGAAGCCUGCAAUGCUUUCCUUAGGUACAUAUAUGGGACCAUAGAAAACGGAGAGUUCCUGACCCAUCGGUUAGCGCUUCUUCGGGCAGCUGACAAGUAUGACAUUGCUGACCUGAAGGAGGCGUGCCAUCAAAGUCUAAUUCAAGACAUUGAUACCGGCAAUGUCCUCGACAGGCUCCAGAGUGCCUCGCUUUACGGGCUCCCAGAGCUGAAGGACAGUUGUAUGCAGUAUCUCGUCAAGUUUGGUAAGAUAUAUGACAUUUCUGACGAUUUCAACACCUUUCUUCAAUAUGCAGAUCGAGAACUCGUGUCUGAAAUCUUCCACGAAAUUCUCGCUGCCUGGAAAGGGUUUUGAACUACUAAUGCAGAGUAGCUCUCUAGCCUAUUGUUACCUUUCUUACAACAACCAUGCUACGUGUACCCCAAAGAUUGUACCCGAAAUGUUUACACUUACAUUUUGACCGCUUACAUUGACACAAAAUGUAAGUUUAAACCUUUGGGGCACAUUUCGGGGUACAACGCUUGGGAUAGAAGUAGAUUUGUUCUUACAAAGAAGGGUGAAAGAGAUUCAUGUGGCAUUUUAAUUACAAUGCAGAUUUUAUUUGACUUUAUAGCAACAUUUGUUCACUGGACGCAUAUUUAGCUUGUUCAAGUGGAAUACGUCUGUGUAUAAAUAUAUUCAAAAAAAAAAAAUACCGAAUGAACAGAUCAUUGUGUCUUGUUAACAUUUGUAUUUGUCAUGCAAUUUACAGCUCUUUUGCUCCUAAAAUUGUUUGUGGGACCCAUUUUUAAUUUGUCUAACUUCUUGAUACAAUUUGAUAAUAACUUGUCUUAUUGAAUAUUGAGAGAUAUGACCCUAUAUAUAGGGAAUACAAGAGUAAUCAAAGUACAAGUAGGAAAGGAAAGAAUAAUCCUAGUAGGAAAGGAAAGAAGUAUCCUAAUUUAAUUAUACUUCCUAAUAUCCCCCCGCAAGCUGAUCAACGGAG